CUGCCAAAAGGCACGGACCAGCGAGACGCAGCCGCAUACCCAGACCACAGGGAUUAUCUCCGCUCCAAUGACCGCCGCUGGACUGGAGGACGUCUCGCAGUGGGCUCAGCAGCCUGUCCUCCACCCCUCAGAUUACUCCCUCCCCAUGGGUGUCUGUCACGGAUUUGCUAACAGUGGAUUCACUGGAUCCGCUCCUUCCCUUCCUAACCUGAGCGGAGAGAGGAACGCUACCAUCGACGCUAGCAGAGGAGAGGACCAAGGCAGGUGCUUGUGGGGGAGCGGAUACACAUGAACAGACAUUGACCUGUUUGGACUUUGGUUGUUUGCGCAGUAGCCAGGCAAAGGUACAGUACUCGGGGAUGUGUCGGGAGGGACGCUCCUGAAUGCAGGCAGGACUGGACACCAGGACCGUCUGUGGGUUUCACUCCUCAACCAGAACCAGAACCGGUGCAAGUCCACCUUCCUCUGGUUCUGCCAGCUCUCGGGGGUGGCGUGUGGACUCUGGAACCCUUGCCUGAGAUUUCGCUGUGAGCGGGGAGUCGCAGGUCGUCCGAGCUGGGGCGCCUUAUCCCGGGCCCGCUGUGGGUCUCCGUGGGAACCAUGUACGUCCUGUGCACCCUAGCGGUGCUGUCCCUGCACAGCCUGUUCAAGGGUAGAUGGCGCAGCCUGGAGCCCGAGGACCAGGAGGAGGAAGAGAAGCCUGAGGCACCAUCGCCCAGCUGCGGCAGCUGUGCAGCCAGGCUCAGCCCUGCAGAUGGUCUGCGUGGGCAGGGGGACCAGGAGAGUCCCAGAGUCAGGUCAGGGAAGGUUCCGGAAAGGACAAGGAGGACGAAGCCGGCUCGGCGCCCCAGCGCUCUCCUCUCCCCGGCGGUCAUGUUGGGCACACGCAGGACCUGGGAUCUCAGCCACGCCCACUGCCUUCAGGAGCUCUGGAAGAAAGACGUCUCAUUGGACGCGAGUUCGGUGGAUUUCUUGAUGAGUGAGGGUGAGGAGGAGAACUCCUUCCUCUCACUGCAGAAUUCAGUCUUCCCACUCCGAUCAGUGACCCCUGACCUCACCGAUACCAGCACUACAGACCAACAGCUACUCAUACAGACCCUUCAGGAGAGAGUGUGCCAGUUCCAGACGCUCCUGCGCAGCCAGGAGGCAGGCCGGGAGCAGCAGCUGCAGCGUCUGCAGCAGAACCAGGAGCAGCAGCUGCGGGAACACGCGUCGCUGAUCCACAGCCUGCAGGGAGCCGUGAGGGAGCAGGAGCAGCUGUGCAGGGACCAGCCCAAAGGCCCGCGUGUCGCAGACAGCCGGUCAGUCCCGGCGGUCCAGAGGCUGCCAGUCUCUCUGAGCUCUGCUCAGGCGGAGAAGCGGCAGGACAAACUGCACUGCAGCCAAGGGCCGACUGCGCAGCCAGGACAGCCAACAGCAGACCCUCAUCGUCCAGCUGCGCACACAGGCACGCGGCCGCGUCAUUACUGUUUCUCACCAGUGAGGGAACUGGAGGAGAAACUGCUGGACCAGAGCCAGGAGGUGGACCGGCUGCGCUCUGAGCUGGGGGCGACAGACCUGGAGAAGCACCUGGAGAUCCUGGUCUCGGAGAACGAGCGGCUCAAACAGGAGCUGAGCAGCUGCCAGGCCUCCCUGUGUGACGCCCAGGCCCCCCCCGCUCACCUGCACAGACUGCCCCCCACAGAUGCAGCCUCCCUGCGCUCUGAGCUGUCCCAGCGGGAUGAGGAGGUGCAGCAGCUGGAGCGGCGGCUGGAGGAGGUGGAGCGGGGGCUGCAGGAGAAGGCGGGCCGGGUGGAGGAGCUCUCCCUGCAGGUGGAGGAGGCGCAGCGGGAGCGGGGGGAGGUGGAGCUGCAGCUGGGCCGUAGGCUGAUGGACUGCCAGCAGGCCCUGUCCAAGCACGCCGCCCUGCCCCCGCAGGUCAAGUAUGUGACCCGGACGGUGGAGGUGGAGUCGGCCCAGUCGCAGCAGGCCCUGUCGGAGGCGCAGGCCCGGAACCUGGCCCUGCAGGAGCAGCUGGGGCUGCAGAGGCAGCUCCUCCGCGAGCUGGAGCUGCAGCUGCACGAUUCGCAGAGGACCUGCGGCCAGCUGCGCACGCAGAUCCUGACGUACGAGGGGGAGGUGGAGCGGGUGCAGGGGCAGCUGGAGGCCGAGAUGCAGACCCUGGAGGAGGAGAAGAACAGGGUGAUCGAGGAGGCCUUCAUCAGGGCCGAGAGCGAGAUGAAGGCUGUGCACGAGAACCUGGCCGGUGUGCGGAUGAACCUGCUGACCCUGCAGCCAGCCCUGCGCACGCUCACCUGCGACUACAACUGCCUGAAGCGGCAGGUGCAGGACUUCCCCGUCAUGCUGGAGAAGGCCAUCACUGACGCCAAGCAGGAGAUCUGCCAGGUGAUCGCUGAGGUGAGCAACGCCAACCAGGAGCUGCUGCGCAAGUACAAGCGGGAGAUGAACCUGCGCAAGAAAUGCCACAAUGAGCUGGUGCGCCUCAGAGGGAAUAUCCGUGUGUUCUGCCGGGUUCGGCCUGUCGGCCAGGAGGAGCUGAAUGCCUCCGAUGCCAAGAACAUGGUGACCUUUGACCCUGACGAUGACGCGGUCCUCCACCUGGCCAACAAAGGGAAGGUGAUGUCCUUCGAGCUGGACAAGGUGUUCCCUCCUCAGGCCUCGCAGGAAGAGGUCUUCCAGGAAGUGCAGUCCCUCAUCAUUUCCUGUAUCGAUGGCUUCAACGUGUGCAUCUUCGCCUAUGGGCAGACUGGUUCAGGGAAGACGUACACCAUGGAGGGCGUGCCGGAGAACCCCGGCAUUAACCAGCGCGCGCUGAAGCUGCUGUUCGCCGAGGUGACUGAGAAGGCGCCGGACUGGGACUUCCACAUCACCGUCAGCAUGGUGGAGAUCUACAACGAGACGCUCCGGAACCUUCUCGGAGACAACCCCAGUGAGAAGCUGGACAUUAAGAUGUGUCCGGAUGGGAGCGGGCAGCUCUACGUGCCAGGACUGACGGAGUUUGCUGUGCAGAGCGUGGAGGACAUAAACAAGGUGUUUGACUUGGGUCAUGUGAACCGGGCGACCGCCUGCACCAACCUGAACGAGCACAGCUCACGCUCCCACGCCCUCCUCAUCGUCACUGUCUCCGGGUUCAACUCCUCCACGGGCCACCGUACCUCAGGUAAGCUGAACCUGGUGGACCUGGCGGGUUCCGAGCGCAUCGCCAAGUCGGGUGCGGAGGGCAGCCGUCUGCGGGAGGCGCAGUGCAUCAACAAGUCCCUGUCAGCCCUGGGGGACGUCAUCCACGCCCUGCGCUCCAAGCAGCCCCACGUGCCCUUCCGCAACUCCCGCCUCACCUACCUGCUGCAGGACUCCCUCAACGGGGACAGCAAGACCCUGAUGAUGGUGCAGGUCUCCCCGAUGGACAGCAACGUGAGCGAAUCGGUGUGCUCCCUGAAGUUCGCCCAGCGCGUACGCAGUGUGGAACUGGGCCCCACCUCCCGAAAACAGGCCGAGAACUCCUCCACCUCGUCCUCGCCCACCCAUGACAGCGUGGAGCUGGACUCUCCUCCGGUGACGCCCCUGCCCAUCUCCCGCACCAGCAGUGUGGGCUCCACCCUGGCCGGGGGGAGCAAGACCCCGGGGGCCCGCAGGAGGUCUCAGACCCACCUCACGCAAGUGUGCUGUUCCUUCCGCUCCCUGGCCCGUUGUGAUGGAUACUCUGACUCUGGUUGACUUGCAGAGUGACUGGUAGUGCUGUAGUCUGCUGACAGGGUGGGGCACGGAGGGCAGGAAGGAUGAAGCUGACUGCCUGAUGGAGACUUCUGGAAAGAGCAGGACUCAGUAACGGACCAUCACACGGGGAGAAUGCUUUUUCUUUUCUUAUUCCGAUGACUUGGGAAGGGCGUCGAGAAGCACCCUGGUCCCCAUGUUUGCGGAAGGCCAACAGAAGCUUGUAUCACCAUCUCGUUGGCCAGCGAACAUGUUUUUUGCUGGUGGAUAAUAUGACCCUUUCUUCAGUGUGGUGAGAUGAACCCAACAAGAUGAACUUAAACCGUGGGAAAAUCCUGCACCGUCUCUUUAAGAAAAGCUCAGGUGGCUCCCGGUUGCCACGCCUCUCUGCUGACAUCAUCUCCCAGCACGGGGGAGGAGCCGAAACUACACCAAUGAGUGAUUCUUGUACAGUUUGGAUAAGCGGUGGAGUCGCAGUAAAGACACAGCGCAUUCCAGCGAGUCUGGAGAACAGGACAGACAGUUCCCCCCUGGCAAUGUUCUCCUGGAGUCUUCCAACGACAGUAUUUUGUUUAUUAGAAUUUUUUUUAUUUUUUUUUUGCAAAAUGCACUUUAGAUGAAGCUGUUACCUUAAACGUGUUGUAAUAUUGUAUAGCUUUUUCAGCUACAAAUGUCCGUUAGCAGUAUAUUACAUGCAACGAUUUCUAUAUAGUUUUGAUUUUGACAGUUGGAACCAACCCUGCACCAAAUAAAGCACAGCAACGUGA